AUGGGGAUCAAUGUGCAUCAGGGGUACAUGAGGGAGAAUUUGAGUCGUUUUCUGAAAGCACGAGACUGGAACGUAUGCAAAGCUCAUUCAAUGCUUGUUGAAUGUUUGCGUUGGAGGAUGGAUAAUGGAAUCGACACUAUUCUUUCCAAACCCAUUGUUCCUAGUGAGUUGUACAGGGACGUACGAGAUUCUCAACUCAUAGGAAUGUCAGGUUACACAAAAGAGGGCUUGCCUGUCUUUGCUAUUGGCGUUGGUCUCAGCACAUUCGACAAAGCUUCUGUUCACUACUAUGUCCAGUCUCACAUCCAAAUCAAUGAAUACAGAGACCGUGUAUUACUGCCUUCUAUGUCUAAGAAGAAUGGUCGGCCAAUCACCACCUGCGUGAAGGUUCUGGACAUGACAGGGUUGAGACUUUCAGCGCUAAGUCAAAUCAAGUUAGUGACUAUCAUAUCGACCAUCGAUGAUCUGAACUAUCCAGAGAAGACAAACACAUACUAUGUUGUAAACGCUCCAUAUAUAUUUUCAGCCUGUUGGAAGGUUGUAAAACCUCUUUUACAAGAGAGGACGAGGAAAAAAGUUCAUGUGUUAUCUGGUUGCGGAAAGGAUGAAUUAUUGAAGAUUAUGGACUUCACAUCACUCCCACAUUUCUGUAGAAGAGGAAGCCCUGGGUCAUCUCACCACACUCAGAGUGAAGAUUGUUUUUCUAUUGAUCAUCCCUUCCAUCAACAGCUAUACAACUAUGUGAAGCACCAUUAUGAAACCCAGGGACAAGCAGAACCUGCAAAGCAAGGAUCAUUCCACGUUGGUUUUCCUGAGCCUGAAGCUGAACGUGUUGAGAUAGCCAGAACCAUAGAAUCUGAACUGCACAAGUUCGAGAACUGCAACGGUCUGAGCAAGCCCGUGGAUGACAGAAAAGCCAGUCCAUGA